AUGGUGGCGUCAGGUGUUCCUAGACGAAAUGGUCAACGACAUGCCGUCUCUGUCACAGAUAUGGCUCUGGAUUUAGUCGAAGUCUCUCAUUCCUUUGUGAUUCCUCAUAUGCCCAAUGAACCCCUCAAAAUUCGCGUUGGUAUACACUCGGGUCCUGUGUGUGCUGGGGUGGUGGGUUUGAAGAUGCCGAGAUAUUGUCUCUUUGGCGAUACAGUCAACACCGCGAGCAGAAUGGAGAGCAAUGGAGAAGCCUAUAAGAUCCACUGCAGUGACGUGACUCAUGACAUUCUGAAAAAUCUCGGCGGUUUUCUAUUUGAAGAACGAGGGACAAUCGAGGUUAAGGGCAAGGGAACGAUGCGAACCUGGUGGGUGACUGGUCGAACGCGUCCACCCAUUCCACCGGACUGCUGUCCCAUUCCCAUCCGUCGUAUAAAGAAGACAAAGCCUGUUCAAUCGCGGAGGGUCUCACACUCACCUCCCAAAUCCUCCACUCCAUCGGUUCAAUCGCCAACUAGACAAAAGAAUCCAUCCAUUUCAGUAAUUGAGACUGAAAUGAUGGUGGACCAGAAGGAAGGCAACACCAACCCCGACGCCUCGUUGAUCGAUGAUCCUGACAAGAAGGCGAAUUCAUCACUGGCACCUCCUCCCGUAAACCAUCUCUAG